AUGGAGUCCAAGCAUAUAGACAAGCAUGUGUCCAAGCACAUGGGCAACGAUUUCAUGGGUCAUCAGGCUCACUGUGGUCCUGGCGGUCGGGUUCCUGGUCGACGCCGAGGCCAAACCGGCUCCCAGUCCCAUCGUUCUUCCUUAUGGCGUCUCCGGCUCUGUCCUGCCUGGCAUGCUCGGAGCCCCUGUGGUACAGCCAAUGUCUCCAAUGAUGUACCCUCCAACACCAGCGCUACUUGCUCCCCAUCCACCAGUGCUUCCCAUUCAUCCACCUGUUUUACCUCAUCCACCAAUGCUGCCUAUGUUAGCUCCUCAUCCACCAAUGCUGCCUAUGUUAGCUCCUCAUCCACCAGUGCUACCUAUGCACCCGCCUAUGUUAGCUCCUCAUCCACCAGUGCUAUCUAUGCACCCGCCUAUGUUAGCUCCUCACCCACCAAUGCUUCCUAUCCCAUCGCCCAUGCUUCCUACGCCAAUGAUCCCAUCCAUGUUUCACGGUCCGUUAUUAGCGCCUCACCCACGAUGGUGCCGGCGUUUGGUUAG